AAUACGACAUAGUGGGCUACCAUAACAAAAGGCAGCUGUCGACCAAACCCAUAGACGUGCUUCGGACUGGGAAGAGCAUUUGUGAGGGAUACGCUGGGCUCUUUGAACAAAUGUGCAGCAUUGCAGGAAUCCAGUGCAUGAAGCUAUCGGGAUACUCUAAGGGGUAUGGGUACAAGAUGGGGCAGUCCUUUACAGGGGACUCUGACCAUGCCUGGAACGCCGUCUACCUUGAUGGAAGGUGGCAUUUACUCGACAGCACCUGGGGAAGUGGUACUGUUGACAACUCUUUCACCAAGUUCACCUUCAGGUACAAUGAGUUUUAUUUUCUGACUCACCCGGCUCUGUUCAUUAACAACCACUUCCCAGACAACAGCAACUGGCAGCUUCUUAACCCAACCCUGACGCUGCAAGAUUUUGAGAAAAACAUGCUGCACAAAAGUGAUUUUUACAUGUUGGGCCUGCUGACGGCACAGCCAGAGACAGCUGUCAUCCAAACAGUAAACGGAAAAGCCUCUGUAUCAGUGGAUUGCCGUUCUGCCACGUUAUUCAUGUUCAAGCUGAAGGGAACAGAUGAACACGGCUUAAUGACGUUGAAAAAACACGGAAUGAAGCUGGAAAUCUACCCCCAGAAGACAGGGAAUCACAAGCUGCAGAUCUUUGCCAAGCCCUCCAAAGGCUCAGAGGAGCUCUACGACUGCGUGUUAGAGUAUGUGGUAGAUUGCAAGUCUGUGGACAAGACCAUGCGCUUCCCAAAGGGCUUGCAUCAGCCUGUUGGACCAAGCUGGUUCACGGAGCGGCACGGGUUCCUGAGGCCGUCACACCCCGACCCCAUCAUCCACACCAACGACGGGCGGUGCUCUGUCACCUUCACCCUGGGCAAAGACAUCAGCGUCUUAGCCUUGCUGCACUCCGAUGACAGCCGCCUGACAGAGGACAUGAGAAGGCGGCACAUCAUGCAAAUCCGUCGUGGGAACCAAAUUGAGUUGAAGAUCCAUCUCCCCCACGCAGGGACCUUCGUCCUGAAAAUCUACGCCAAGAAGAAGUCGGAUCCUGGCAAUUACGACUACAUCUUCAACUACCUCAUCACUUGCCUGAACACUGAAGUGAAGUGGCCAGCUUUCCCCAAGACUUACACCGAGUGGGCGGAAGACUAUGAAAUACUGGAGCCGCUCUCCGGCUUGCUGCCGGCGAAUCGCAACGUUCAGUUUCGACUCAAAAUGCACGGGAUAAGAAAGGUGCUAGUUGAAGCUAAGAAAACUUACACCCUCACCCAGAGCAGAGGCUACUGGGAGGGAACCUGCAACACUUCGGGAUGCAGAGAGGUGGUUGUGAUGGUGCACGAGAACGCUAACCACAACUUCUACUCACACGUCCUGCAAUACGAAGUUGAGACUCAGUAA